AUGCAUCAUAUUAUUGGAGUAUUUGGGCCGCCGAGAGUUGGAAAGACGUCCCUGAUAUUGCGAUCCUGUGGCCUCAACCCCUUUGACCUACCCUACGAACCUACAAUCGAAGACUCGCAUUGCACGCGCAUCGCAGUUGAUGGAGAUCUUUGCACCGUACAUUUCGUUGACACUGGCGGCUCCGAAUGCUGCAACGACCAUUUACGAGACCAGUGGACUAGGAACUGCAGAGGAAUAGUCUUUGUUUAUGAUAUUUCUGAUGCGUCAACCUUUUGCCUUGUCCGAGAACAGCUAUAUGCUGUGCAUGCCUUCCUAUUGAAUCUCUACAAACAGUUUCCAACUACUCCGACGAGACUGAUCGCAAUUGUUGGUAACAAGGCUGAUAAACGGCCACGAGAGGUCUUAGAAACAGAAGGGCGUCAACUAGCAGACGAACAUGGUGCUAUAUUUUGGGAGACGUCCGCAGUCGAUGCCAAAGGCUUUGAUGGAGCUUGCAUUAAUCUUCUGAGG